CCACUCUGCACACUUCUCAAAAGACGCGCCAAAAAACAUUCAAAGCUCAUUCGGCUUUCGAAAUAAACAUUUUCUCAAACUCGUUAUCGACUUAUAACUUAUUUUUGUUCAAAAUCAAUUCGACAGGGUGCGCUCAUAAUGCACAUUAAAUCCAUCCAUCUGGAUGGCUUUAAAUCGUACCAAAAGCACACCGAUAUUCUCGAUUUUUCGCCGACUUUCAACGCAAUCACCGGAUACAAUGGUAGUGGAAAAUCCAAUAUUCUCGAUUCGAUCUGCUUCAUUAUGGGAAUCAAUAAGCUCGAUAAUAUCAGAGCAAAAUCAAUGCACGAGCUGAUUUCCCAUGGUGGAACAAAAGCGAUCGUCCAAGUUCGCUUCGACAACACUGAUAAAAGAUGCUCCCCGUUCGGAAUGGAACAUCUCGACGAGAUCGUCGUUCAGAGAAUCAUCACAGCUCAAGCAACUGGAAAAGGAUGUGCAACGAGUUACACACUGAAUGGGCAUGCGGCCACAAAUGGAAAAAUGCAAGAUUUCUUCCGUGGCGUCGGUUUGAACGUGAAUAAUCCACAUUUUCUCAUCAUGCAAGGUCGUAUUACUACGGUGCUAAACAUGAAGCCGGAGGAAAUCCUCGGAAUGGUUGAGGAAGCAGCUGGAACAAAGAUGUAUGAUCAGAAGAAGAAAGACGCGGAGAAAACAAUGUUUUUAAAAGAUGCAAAACUCAAAGAAGUUGAUAGAAUCUUCCAAUCAAGUAUUGAUCCGAGAAUGGUAAAGUUCCGUGAAGACAGAAAGAAUAUGGUGGAAGUGACUCGUCUCAAGAAACUCAAAGAGAACUUUUCCCGAAAAUACGAGGCGUUUCAAUACUUUCAAACAUGUGAAGCGGUGAAAAAAAGUGCAAAAGAGAUUGAAGAUGCCAAAAAGGGAAUUGAAGAUCUCGGUGAAAAGUUUAAUCAGCUUGAUCUUGACUUGAAGAAUAAGGAAGAUGAGAAGAAAAAGAUGGAAGAAUCUCGAGAUGAUCAACAUGAAGAGGCUGCACUUUCAGCGGCUCAUCUUUCGAAACAAUCUAUAAUGCUUCAGAAGGAGACUGUCAAAAAUCAAUUGGUUGAAACAAUCAAUAAACUCAAAAAGGAAGGUGAACAAAUCAACAAAAGCUUGUCAAAAGAUCGUGAAGUUCUCGACGCAAAACGAAAAGAACACGAAGAUUCAAAGGCGGCUAACUCGAAAGAUAUUCAAAGUCAAUCUGAUGAUGAAGCUCUCGUCACAAAAUACCGUAAUGACCUCGAAUCCCUAACGAGAGGAACAAUUGCUAAUGACAAAGGAGAACAUGUGUCGAUUGAGAGUGAAAUACAGUCUUGCAAGUCGACUGCGUCUCAAAUGUCAUCUGGGAUUACUGCUGCGAAGAAACGCGGUGAACGUCUACACAACCAAAUUAAACAUUUGGAAGGCGAAAAAGCUACUCUCUCAGCCAGAAGUAAAUCUGACAUUGGAAGUGCCGAUAAUUAUCAAAAAGAGGUCGAUGAGAUCAAUAAGCAACUUCAAUUAUUGGGUUUCAAUAUAGAUGCUGAUACGGAGAAACGAGAACACGCUGCAAAAUUGCAUGAGAGCAUCACUAAGCUCAAGGAUAUGGAUACGAGACUUCUGAAUUCAUACAAGGAUGGUCGAUAUGCAUUGAACUACCAACGUCCUCCACUACAUAUCGAUAAAUUUGAUGAAAAGCGGGACGUAUUCGGAUAUGUCGCCCAUCUUAUCAAAAUGAAACCAGGAUGCGAGCAAUUCGCUGUUGCUGCAGAUAUUGCUCUUGGUGGUGUGCUUGGCAACGUCGUCGUCAGCACUCAAGAUAUUGCCCGUAUUCUCAUCGACGGUAAAGCGUUUACGUCACGUAAAACGAUGAUUCCAGUAUCUGAGAACGCGAGAAACGCGAGUAGCUACAAUACAUUGCCGGAUGUAAAACUUAGGAGGGCUAAAGAAAUUGCAGAAAAAUACAACGAUACAGUCACCAAAAUGAUUGAUUUGAUUGAGUAUCCCGAUUUCAUUAGCAAUACAAUUCUGAACGCUGUUGGGCAGAUUCUCGUCGUCGACUCAUUGGACGUUGCCAGAGAAAUCGCCUACGACGAAGUUGCCAAAACUCGAAUGAUUACUCGGCGUGGAGAUGAUGUGAGAACGAAUGGAAUUAUGACUGGAGGAUACAAUGAUCCAGGAAAUAAACCGGCACUGAUUGCACUCGAACCAAUGUAUGCACGAAGACCACAGAUUGAAGCUCAACAGAGAGAGCUGGACGCUUUGAAUCGGGAGCUGCAGCUUACCGAAGCAUCAUCGCAGAAAUGUCGUGAUUUGAACAAUCAACUAGCGACAGCAAUGAGAAAAUUGGCUCAAGUGAAGACAAAUAUCAAUAAUUCAGAGUUUGGAAUUGUGGUUCGUGAUUUGAAGGUGCACAGUGAGGAAUAUGAGAAGAAUCAGGCAGAAAUUGAGGCAACGGUUAAGACUUUGAAAGAUGUUGAAGACAAGAUUAAAACACUUGAAUCUAUGAAGAAUAAAGACAAGAAUUCGCAAGAAAAACGGAAGAAGGAAUUGACCGCAUUGCUACAGAAAGCUGAGCAGACUGUAGCACAGAAUAAGAAUCGAGGAGAGAAGGCAAGACGAGAAGUCAUGUUGCUACAAGCCACUGUGGAAGAAAUGGAAAAGACAAUAAAAAAAGACGAAGGCAUAUGGGAGCAGAAGAAGAAAGAAUGUGAUGAGUUGGAAGAAAAGCUGCCAAAUGCAAUAGCAGCGCUCAAGGAUGCUGAACUCGAACAAAAAGCGGCUCAGGCAAAGCUGAACGAUUUGAAGAAUAAUCAACGUCAAAUUAGCACUCGACUCGGAAAAAUCGCCAAAGAAUGUGAUGCAUUGAUAAGGGAGAAGGCGAAAACUAAAAGCAAGCGAGAAGAAAAAGAAAAAGAAUUGACUUCUCUUCAACAGUCUGAAGCUUCAAAUCGGAAAGAAGCUCGUUCAAAGUUGAAAAAGUUUGAAUGGUUAUCCGAUGAGGAGGCUCAUUUCAAUAAAAAGGGUGGUCUAUAUGAUUUUGAAGGAUACACAGUCAGCAAAGGAAAAGAUGAGAUUAAGGAACUCACUGAUAAAAUUGAGACACUUGAACGAUCGUGCUGCAUUCAAAAUGUGUCGAAUUUAGAUACAUGUGAAGCUAAGGUCCUGGACAUCAAAAACAAACGAGAACGCAUCACGGAGGACUUCAACAUGUUGAAAAAAACGAUUGCCACCCUCGACAAGAAGAAAGUGGACGAGUUGAUUAGGGCACACGAGUCGGUGAACAAGGACUUUGGACAAAUCUUCAACUGCCUGCUUCCCGAUGCCCAUGCCUCACUGGUACCUCCAGAGGGAAAGACAGUUUGUGAGGGUCUUGAAGUGAAAGUCUCAUUCGGUGGAGUCGUCAAGGAUAGUUUACAUGAACUUUCUGGAGGACAGCGGUCUCUUGUCGCGUUGUCACUGAUUUUAGCUAUGCUGAAAUUCAAGCCAGCUCCAUUGUAUAUUCUCGACGAAGUUGAUGCGGCCCUUGAUUUGUCACACACCGCGAAUAUUGGAAUGAUGAUCAAGACGCAUUUCCAUCAUAAUCAGUUCAUCAUCGUCUCACUCAAACAAGGAAUGUUCUCAAAUGCAGAUGUUCUCUUCCAAACACGUUUUGCCGAUGGACAUUCUACAUGUACACGUCUCAAUGGAGGAGAUAUUGCAGUACUUUGCCAGGAUAAAGUUCUACAGGCACAAGCUCUUGAGCUCACAGAUGCUGGAAAAGCAAAGAAGGACGCCGCCGCCAAGAAGGGAGCUCAGAAGAAUGACAAAGAACCUCCAAAGAAGAAGCCUAUUGUCGUCGACGACGAUGACUUCGAGUAGAUUGAAUAAUUCAGAUCUCAAUGUAAAUUCUCCCCCCUCUCUGAUCUUACUUUAUUUUUCAAUCUCGAUGUUUCAUUUAUUUAUUUCAAUAUAUUUACUAUUUUCCCAUUUUUUCCAUUUGUUUCAUCUCAUAAAGGUGAGUGUAUUUUACUUGUGUUUUUUUUUGGAAAAUUUAUCAGAAUGAAUCAUGUGACAAGAUUAAA